GAGCUUGGAAUCCCCCCCGGGGCGAAGUCAGGUCUACCUACUCGCGAUCCAGCAGAAUACUAGCCGGGGGAUCUCUUGGGAUUGUCCCAGCUACCUAAUAGCUGCGCAGUGUCGUAGAGUCGAUCGGGAAAUGCUUAGCCUUGACUUCAGAGUUCGAACCCAGACCCCCGUCGGGCUGGGGCCGGAUGGGAAGAAGUGAAGUGACCAGCCUUGCAGAGCCAUGAGACUUGGCCCACCGGGUCCUGGGCGAGAGACAUCGAAGGGCGCUUCUAGACUUGGACUUCUGCUGCUGCUUAGGAAUGCAUGGCUCCGCGGGAAUGAUAAAUAAGUCCGGCUGCCACGCUCUCCCAGGGAUGGAAGAUCCAGAAACCAUUCAGCUAGGGAGCUCUCGCACGGUAGAUAAAACGAGUAGCCAAGUACCGGUCGAUCAAGCACCUGAAGUUGGUAGGCCAACUUGGCAUAACUAAUCGAAAACCAACGUCUUGCCAACGUUUUGCUAAACUCCUCCUCUCCCUCCCCGUCGCUACGAUGCUAGCUCAUAAGCAACUACUCUGCUGCGUCGUCUUGGCGUGCGCGUCACAAAUGGCGAGCGGCCUCGCCUUACCAAGGGCACCAACCAGCAACUCGACGCUAUCAAGGGACGCCACAUCGGCGCGAGUGCAGGGCCUCGGGAACGGCGUCCCCUUGCGAAUCAUGCCGCUCGGCGCGUCCAUAACCUACGGGUUCGGCUCGUCGGACAAGAACGGGUACCGGAAGACGCUGCGGGACCGGAUCGUCGAGGCGAACGGCAACAAGGUGAACAUGGUGGGGGACAACCCGUCGGGCUCCAUGCGCGACAACGACACCGAGGGCUGGAAGAGCUACACCGUCGACCAGGUGCGCGGCAAGGCCGACGCCGCCGUCCCCAAGUACAAGCCGAACGUGGUGCUCGUGAACGUCGGGACCAACGACUGCGUGCAGGACCAGGACCUGGCGAACGCGGGCGGGCGGCUGCGCGCGCUGCUCGACGCGCUGUUCCGCGAGUCGCCGCGCGCCACCGUGGUCCUGUCCACGCUGCUCGUGAACCGGGACGCGGCCGUGCAGCGGCGGGUCGAGGACUUCAACGCGCAGCUGCGGAAGGUCGGCGAGCAGCUGCAGGCCGGCAAGAAGCGCCUGGUCGUCGUCGACAUGCAGAGCGACGCCGGCCCCCAGCUCGCGGACCUGAACAGCGACGGCACGCACCCCGGCGACGGGGGGUACAGGAAGAUGGCGGACGUGUUCUACGCGGGCCUCAAGGAGGCCGAUCGUAGGAAUUACUUCGUCGAGGCGGAGAAGGUUGACGGGCUUGCCGACGACGGCGCGUAAGUACCCAUUUGGGGGUUUAGGCACCUACCUAAUCAAUCUUUUUGUUUGUAUGGUGUUGGGAUGUACGGACAGGUGCCCAGGGGG